UAGGAUCGUCGUCCGUACCACUUUCUCGUCCCCGGAAACCCAGCCCAAACAGCCGAGGGUGGAGAUCUCCAGAAUCGCAAUGGUUGCCUGUUUGAGCGACUGCGAAGGCAUGUGAACUGGUGGUGAUGUCUCUUUUAAUGGGCGCGCGUAGCCGCUGGAUGUGAUUUCGUCCAUCAUGGAGCACUACAGCCUGCGUCGUUACCAUGAAUUUCCAACAGUCGAUCUCUCUCGCCCAAUCCUGGUCUCUUUCGUUUUGGGCUCAGCUGCCUGAGCUUGUACGGACUGCCCUUGACCGUCAUCCGGUCAUCCCGCUAGCCCUGAACUCUUUGCUCGCUAUUGUUGUCCUGCGGUAUCUAAACCGCGCCCUCACAUCGUGGUCACUGGGGAACUGCUCCGCCAACAGAUGGAAUCCGGAUCGUGAGCUGGUCCUCAUCACCGGUGGCAGCAGUGGCAUCGGCCAGCAGGUCGUCCUCCAGCUAGCCGAGCGGGGCGUGAAGUGUAUCAUCCUCGACAUCCAAGCACCUACCUAUAUUCUGCCCAAAUCUGCUCAUUUCUACAAGACGGACAUCACGUCCACCGACGCGCUCCACGCCACCGCCGAGCAGGUGCGCGCCGACCACGGCCACCCGACGGUGCUCGUCAACAACGCCGGCGUGGGCCACGACGGGACCAUCCUCGACGAGCCCGAGAGCAAGAUCCGCCAGACCUUCGAGGUCAACACGCUGGCGCACUUCCUGACGGUGCGCGAGUUCCUGCCGGCUAUGCUGGAGCGCAACCACGGGCAUGUGGUCACGGUGGCGAGCAUGGCCAGCUUCGUCGCGCUCGGCGAGAUGGUGGACUACUGCUGUUCCAAGGCCAGUGCGCUGGCGUUCCACGAAGGCCUGGGCCAGGAGAUUCGACACUGGUAUAAGCGGCCUGGGGUGAAGACGAGUGUCAUUCAUCCGUAUUGGGUCCGGACACCCAUGAUUCAGCAACUGACCGACGCUGGCGAUCUGUUCAAGCAGCCGGUCAUGACGGUGGAGCGCGUGGCUACGGCAAUUACGCGCCAGGUGGUGUCGGGCAAGAGCGGGCAGGUCAUUCUCCCCGAAGCCUACUCGGUUGCCAGUAUGGUGCGGGCAUUUCCGACAUGGUUGCAGGAGCAUGUCCGGGGACUCUCUUCCAAGGAUAUUCGACGACUUCGGGAAGCGCAGAAGUGAGAACAAAUUGCUGGUCAAUUGCUGGGUUGAGAGGGCAUGAGGGGUUCAGUUCGAGGGGUGGUCAAGAGAUUGAGGUCGGCUUCGAGGAGGAUCUGUUGUGACCCAGAUUUCAUGGCUGAAUCGAUUG